AUGGAGAAACUUAAGGCAGGUAUAUCUGGUGGACUUCAUAUAAGGCAACUCAAGGACGCUAGUUUUGAUGAUGCACUGAAUCCCGCUGAACUCUCAGCCUGGUUGUCCCUUAAGUCAGUCAUUGCAAACUUCCUUGCCAACCAGAGAAGUUCCCAGUAUCAGAAGAUGGUUGAUGAGUUAAUUUCCUUCAACUUGGUGCGCGCAUCAACAGCAACAGCAGCCAGGCGGAGGUCGGGCCCCAAGAUUGAUGUUGACGAUGCAUAUGAUGAGGACGAUGACGGUGAUGACAUCGACGCCCGAGAUGAUGAAGAAGAAGAAGAAGAAGAAGAAGAAGAAGAAGAAGAAGAAGAAGAAGAAUCAGUCCGGAGACGGAGAAUAUGCUAUGCUACCCACCAUCUCUUUCCUUUCCCAAUAUCAUCCAUUUUCUUGGGAGAAAGUCCUUGA